AGGAGGAGGCCAAGAGUGGAACAGCCAAGCUCUUCCAUGCUCUUUCAACCUCUCAAAUUACCCAACGACCAGUAAUGGACUGCCAGGACCCUCUCUCGAAUUUGGUGUUGCGAGUUUCGACCUCUCAAAUUAGUCAAACACUAGUAGACCUCCGGGAGUCGAUUAGCAACCAAACUGACGUCGCUUUGGGGAUCACGAAGCGGCUACUGCUGAACGAAGGCAGGCACUCGAACGUGGUGUUCUCACCGUCGUCAAUCAACGUGUGCCUGAGCAUGAUCGCGGCGGGGUCCAACGGCCCUACCCUGGACCAGUUGCUCUCCUUCUUGAAGUCAAAUUCUAACGACCAGCUCCAGUCCUUGGCUUCCAAGCUCAUAGCCGUGGUCUUCGGGGACGGUGAACCCAGAGGGGGGCCCCGCUUGUCCUUCGCCAAUGGGGUUUGGGUCGACAGGUCUCUGUCUCUCAAACCUUCUUUCAAACAGGUUGUUGACAAUGCUUAUAAGGCUGCUUUGGAUCAAGCUGAUUUUCAGACCAAAGCUGCUGAAGCUAGAAGUGAAGUAAAUUCAUGGGCUGAAAAGGAGACUAGUGGCCUUAUCAAAGAGGUUCUUCCUCUUGGGUCAGUUGACAGCUUGACCAGGCUCGUCCUUGCUAAUGCACUGUACUUCAAAGGAACUUGGAACCAGAAGUUUGAUGCAUUAGAAACAAAAGAAUCUGAUUUCUACCUUCUGAAUGGGAGCUCAGUACAAGUGCCGUUCAUGACAAGCAAAAAGAAGCAGGAUGCUAGUGCCUUUGAUGGGUUCAAAGUCCUUCGACUUCCUUAUGAGCAAGGUGAGGAUGAUCGCCGCUUUUCCAUGUACUUCUUUCUUCCAGAUGCAAUGGAUGGGUUGCCAUCUCUGGUAGAGAAAGUGGGUUCUGGAUCUAGGUUCUUACAUCGCCACCUUCCACGCGAAAAAAUAGAGCUGGGUGUCUUCAGGAUCCCAAGGUUUAAGAUUUCUUUUGGGUUUGAAGCUUCCAAUGUCAUGAAGGAACUAGGACUGGUAUUCCCUUUCUGUGCUACAGGAGAUUUGACAGAAAUGGUCGAUUCAGAAGUAGGUCAUGCCCUAUAUGUUUCAAGCAUGUUUCAGAAAUCCUUCAUUGAGGUUAAUGAAGAAGGCACAGAAGCUGCUGCUGUCACAGCCGCCGCCUUUGUACAAACGUGCGCGCGCCGCAUUGAAAAGCUAGACUUUAUUGCUGACCACCCAUUUUUGUUCCUGGUCAAAGAAGAUACGAGUGGCAUGGUGCUGUUCAUUGGACAUGUGCUCAAUCCUAUUGCAAUUCCACCGCCACUUGCCAAACAAAACGAAUCGGAUCUUCCACACGUUGCAAUUCCACCCCCACCGGCAAAACACAUUGAGAGGGAGAGAUUCUUUAUGGAAAAGAAGAUGGAUGGUUUUGGUGUGAGUGGCCAUGUGAGAGGCCUCUCAUUAGACAGUCACACGACCAGUAGCUCGCGCAGUGGAACCACCGAUUUCAGUGACUGACUGGCCAUAUAUAUGGUUUGCUAUUGCUGGUGGGUGUUUAAAAGUCGUUACUAAAUUACCAAAAAAAAUCCAAUGAAAAUGUGUUUGAUUUGUUAAUUAAUAACAUGGUAUACUUAGAAUUAUGGCU